AAAUGGCGGAUGACUUGAAAACAUACCAACCUAAAGAAUACUACAGAAAGUUUCUUGAAAAAGAAGUUAGACCAGAUGGUAGAGAGUUAGGAGAAUAUAGGUCUACUGUUAUCAAUAUAGGAUGUAUUACUACAGCAGAAGGUUCAGCCUUAGUUAAAUUAGGGAACACAACUGUAAUAUGUGGUAUCAAAGCGGAACUUGCUAAUCCAAAAGCAGAAUAUCCAAAGAAAGGCUUUAUAGUACCAAAUGUAGAACUGUCACCAAUGUGUAGUUCCCAGUUCAGACCAGGUCCUCCUGGUGAACAGGCUCAAGUUUUAUCUCAGUUUUCUGUUGAUGUUCUUCAAAAUUCUGGUUGUAUAAAUUUAGAAGAUUUAUGUAUUACCCCAGGAAAGCUAGUAUGGUCAUUACAAUGUGAUAUGAUAUGUUUGGAUUAUGAUGGUAAUGUAACUGAUGCCUGUGUUCUUAGUUUAAUAUCAGCUCUCAAAAAUACAUUAUUACCUACUGUAAAAGUCAAUGAAGAAACAGAAGCUAUAGAAACAGAUGAUAUUAAUAUAAUCAACUUACCAGUUCAAUCAACACCUAUUGCUACUACUUUUGCUGUAUUUGAUGACAAUAUCCUGUUUGUUGACCCAACAGUUGAAGAAGAGUCCUUAGCAACAGGAGUUUUAACAGUAGUCACUAAAGAUGAUAAGAUCUGUAUGCUACACAAACCUGGUGGGAGUCCAUUAAAAGAUUCUCAAAUACAGAUGUGUAUAGAUAGAGCCAAGUCUAGGAGUACUCAAGCUAUUAAAUUAAUAGAAGAUACACAAUGUUCUCUUGAUAGAUGACAAUAAAUACAUAUUCCU